AUGGUCUCUUCCACGGCAUCUCAAUCUAAUUAUGGUCGUUACUGUGAUUCAGUCGUUCAGGAAUCAAAGCCAGUUAAUGAGGAGUUCAAUAUCUCCCCAUUUCCUGAACGUCAAAACGGUUACUAUAGUGGAGGGGAUGAAGUCCUGAAUUCAAGCUCCUCUCUUUAUUAUCAAUCUGAAUCGAAAGUUCUAACUUUCGAAACUCACCACGUAUAUACAACUCAUGUUGAGGAUGUCUUCAAGGUAGAAGGAAACCUGAUCUUCCAAAGCUCGUAUUACUAUGAACAGAGUUUUUCUGGUUCAUUGUAUUCAUAUUCAAGUGAUUCAAGCAAUCGUGGAGCUCUGGACUUCGACUUUCAAGGCUUCUGGUCUGGAACUACCGGAAGGCUUUGCAUGGUGGGAACAAGCUAUACUUACACCAAAGAAGGCAAACUGCUUCAUCUUGCAGCUGUUCUCAAGUUGAAUAAUCUUAAGAAGUCAAGCACUAUCAACACUUUAGUCACUGGAACCAUGGAUAGCUUGUACGCUGCUGAUGAACCAAAUUACUUUGGUCAAAUUUCCUUGCUGAUGUUUCCUCAAAUAAGUUACCAGUACACUAAAGUUUCAAAACUAUCAACUCAAGGGUGUCCUGGGGGGACUGAUGUUCCAGAGAAGUCAUCCCUCAGCUUAUCACGGACUCGAACUAUUUGUAAUAUGUUUCUAGGUCGAGCCAAUGCUUUUGAGCUGGAGUAUGGAAGUGGUUGUGAUUCUUCAAAGAGUUGCAAUCCAUUUGGUGAUGGUAUUGGAUAUUUGCCACAGGUCAUGUCUUUGAGUAUGAUUCAGUGCUCGGAGGAUAAGCUAAGCUUGAGGUUUCUGAUAGAAUUUCCUAACGAUAACUAUAUGCGGUAUUAUCGCUCUUCCAAUUUCAGCACUUCAUUAGUUGGAGAAGGAUCUUGGGAUGCAAGGAAGAAUCGGCUUUGUAUUGCUGCUUGUCGAAUCUUUGAUGCAUCAAGCUCCUUGGAGAAGUCUCAUGUUGGAGACUGCACAACAAGGUUGAGCUUGAGAUUCCCGGCGAUCUUGUCUAUCAGAAACACAAGUACUGUUGUUGGUGAAAUUUGGAGUGAGAAACGUAGGAAUGAAUCUGGUUUCUUUGAUAGGAUCCUGUUCCGAAAUACUGACCGUAGCGGCAGUGGGCAAAUUCAACUUCAAGGUUUGAAAUAUCAGUACACGGAAACUGAUAAAGUGCAGAAGUCAUGUACAAAACAGAAACCUAAAAGGAACUGCAGGGGGCAGUACCCAGAUGGCUAUUCUGGGGACAUGAGUUUUCAUAUCUCAAAUGUCAAGGGUUCCAAAGAAAGAAUUGAAUGGGGUUCUUCAGAACCUCUUGCUGUGGGCGAUCAGCCUUACCAGAGAUUUCCCUUUCUAUUACCAUCCUCAAGCUCAAGGCCUAUAAAUUAUGGAAAUGAGUCAGAUACCAGUGGCCGCUUGCUUGAAAUCAGUUACAAAAUGAGCAUCACGCUACGUAGUUUGAAUUUGGAUGCUGGCCUUAAUCCAUUUAACCAAUCUUCAAAUGGAUACGUGGAAAUCAAAAUUUCUGCUGAAGGGGUUUAUGAUUCUGAAACAGGUAAUCUGUGCAUGGUUGGCUGCAGAGAUCUGAGGUCAGCCAACACAGGAUCUUUAAAUCAUUCAGUGGACUGCGAGAUCCUUGUGAAUGUUCAGUUUCCUCCAUUGAACUCAGACAGAAAAGGAGGUAUUAUCAAGGGAAGCAUUAAGAGCAUGCGCGAAACAACUGACAGUCUUUACUUUGGACAUUUGGACUAUUCCGGAAGAGCUUAUUAUCGCAGUUGGGCAUUGGAAUCAAUUUGGAGAAUGGAUUUCGAGAUGAUCAUGUCUGUCAUAUCCAACACUCUUGCAAUCGUCUUUAUAGUACUUCAAAUCUUUCAUGUGAGAAAGAACCCUGGGGUUUGUCCUUUCAUUUCUCUUCUCAUGCUUGUUAUUCUAGCCCUGGGACACUUAAUCCCUCUGGUUCUAAAUCUUGAAGCAAUGUUCAUCCAAGAUAGUGAAAGAUCUGUCUGGAUUAGAAGUGGAGUGUGGCUAGAAAUGAACGAGGUGAUCAUUAGGGUUGUCACAAUGGUGGCUUUUCUGCUGCAAAUCCGUCUUCUGAUGCUCUCAUGGACAGCCAGAUGCUCUGAUGAAAAGAAAAAGCCCUUGUGGAUUGCGGAGAAGAGGGGGCUUUAUGUUUGUAUUCCAGUAUACAUAGCUGGGGGCCUCCUUGCCUUCUUUCCUAAGUGGAGGAAGAAUCUUGUUGGCACCGAAUGGCAUUCUUCAUACUACGAUCACGAGCAGGUCCUUUUGAGUGGUUCAAGAGCUUAUGCUGGUUUGAUCCUUGAUGCCUUUCUUUUCCCCCAAAUCCUGUUCAACAUGUUCCAGAACUCAAGAGAAGAGGCUCUGUCUCGUUUCUUUUACAUUGGAAUUACCCUUGUUCGUCUGGUACCUCACAGAUAUGAUCUUUACAGGGCUCACAAUUUUCUUGGAAUUGAUGACUCAUACAUCUAUGCAGAUCCUGCAGCAGAUUACUACUCAACCGCUUGGGACUUCAUUAUUCCUGUGAUGGGCCUGUUCUUCGCUGCAACCAUAUACAUGCAACAGCGAUUUGGUGGUCGAUGUUUCCUUCCAAAGAGAUUUCAAGAAUCAGCGAUACAUGAAGAGCUGCCAAUGGCUUCAGAAGAUCAAUUUCCACUAAAAUCUAGCAACUAA